AUGCAUCGCCGGCCAGUCUGCAGGCUAUCGCGUCGGGCUGAGUGGACGAAUUCAGUCUACCGAACGCCAUCUUUAACAACUCUUACAGUUCGACGGGCCUUACAAUCAUCCGCUACCCGUCGCGAUUCGUCGGAUCCAUCGACCGGAAACAAUGAUGGCGCUGCUUCACCUCCAGACGCGGCGAAGCCCAAGUUCGGCAGCCGAUGGGGACCUACACAAACUACGAAACCGGCGGGUUUGAGUGCCGCAGAGCAAGCGAUGCGCCAAAACCUCGUCGCCAAAAGCCAACCGCCGCCGCCACCACCGCAGCGCAACCGGGAGCAACAGUCAAACCAGCAAUGGAACUCGGGGCAAUCGAACCAACAGAGGAAACCGUACGUGCGACGCGACGCGGCCUCUCGGGAUAAGCCAGAAGGCCUAAUGAAGUGGCCGAGAGAAAACUCGCGGAACAGGGGGAGAAAUCUGCCUGCCCAAGAAAAGAACCCAUUCACAUCCGAAAAGAACCCCUUCGUGGCCGAGGAGAACCCAUUUACAUCUGAAAAGAAUCCGUUUGCACCAGAAAAGACCCAGAACAGAUUCCCGGAUCGAUUCCAGCGCAGGACACAGACUAGGCCGCAGGAAAAGAUUUAUAACGACUGGGAAUGUCCUAGUUGUAAGGCAAAUGUGUUCGCUUCAAAGCUAACGUGCCCAUUUUGCAAAACUGCUCGACCGGGUGGUGCUCAACCAAAGCCCCGGAUAACCAGAGACUAUGGCGAUUCUUCAGCACCUUCACAUUUCCAACGGUCUCGACCUCAAUCCGAGAAUACUCGGAAGUUCCAGCGGUUGGGAGACUCAUUCUUGUCCGAGCUAGAACAAGACGGUCAGCCGGAGACAAAACAAACUACGGAACGCGAUCUGGAAAAGUCUGACAGCGAAAAAGCAAAGCCUCAAACAGAGCAAGAAAAAGAAGAUUUCAAGAAGAACCAGUGGACCUGGGAUAUGUCUGCAUUAGAGCAGCUAGAAAACUUGGAGGCGCAAGAACAACAGCCGCAAAAACCUAUUAAGCGCCGCGAUGGACGCGAUGGACGCAAGGGACGGCAGGGCCAAUCUGCUGACGCCGACUUUGACGCUGAUGACCGUGAGCGCCUCCGCGGGGAGCGGAGACGUCAACAGAAAGAAAAGAACGAACAAAGAGCUGCGAAGAAAGCCGCCGCGGUGGCAGCGCCAGCUCCUCUUUACCUACCUGAAUUCAUCAGUGUCAGCAACUUGGCCGAUGUAAUCGGUGUGCGGCCAGCUCAGUUCGUGCAGCGAAUGGAGGACAUGGGUUUCGAGGAAAUCACGUAUAGGGAUAUCCUUGAUGCAGAAACUGCUGGAUUGGUGGCAGCUGAGUUCAACUUCGAGGCUAUUUUCGACAGCGGCAAGGAAGACUUGCAGGCUGCUCCUGAACCAGAGGACAAAUCUAUUUUGCCAUCUCGUCCACCUGUGGUCACCAUUAUGGGUCAUGUCGAUCACGGUAAAACUACCAUUUUGGAUUGGCUACGUAAAUCAUCUGUGGCGGCGUCUGAACAUGGUGGUAUCACCCAGCAUAUUGGUGCCUUCUCUGUAAUGAUGCCUUCCGGGAAGGCCAUUACCUUCCUUGAUACCCCCGGCCACUCUGCAUUCCUGGAAAUGCGUCGCCGGGGUGCCGACGUGACAGAUAUUGUGGUCCUUGUCGUCGCUUCCGAUGACAGUGUCAAGCCACAAACCAUCGAGGCUAUCAAGCACGCCACUCAGGCCCGAGUUCCAGUCAUUGUUGCUAUUAGCAAAAUUGACAAGGAGGGCAACAACCCCGAUCGAGUCAAGGGUGAUCUUUCUGUUCAUGGUAUCCAUGUGGAGGACUAUGGUGGUGAUGUCCAGGCCAUCGGUGUCAGCGGUAAAACUGGCCAAGGAAUGGUCGAGUUGGAAGAAGCUAUUGUGGCACUCUCAGAAAUGCUCGAUCACCGCGCAGACAAAACCUGCAAUGUUGAGGGUUGGGUCAUCGAAGCCGCUACGAAGAGCCAUGGCCGUACAGCAUCCGCCCUCAUCCGACGUGGAACCUUGCGCCCGGGCGAUGUUAUUGUUGCCGGUACCGCGUGGGCGCGUGUUCGCACUCUCCGCAACGAGGCUGGUGUGUCCAUCAGUGAAGCUACCCCAGGAAUGCCUGUUGAGAUUGAUGGCUGGAGAGAGCAGCCAGGUGCUGGCACUGAGCUCCUACAGGCCCCAACCGAGCAGAAAGCCAAGGAUGUCGUGAGUUACCGCUUGGAGAAGUCUGAUACCCAGAAGAUGGGUGUUGAUAUGGCUGCCAUCAAUGAAGCCCGUCGUGAACUUGUCGAAAAGCGCAAACGCGAGGAUGAAGAUGAAGAUACACCUCGGGAGGUCGAGUCCACCGGGCCCAAGUCGGUCAAUUUCAUUCUGAAGGCCGAUGUGGAUGGCUCGGCGGAGGCGGUAUUGAACUCCGUCGCGGCAAUUGGCAACAACGAAGUCUUUGCCAAUAUUCUCCGUUCGGGCGUUGGCCCUAUCAGCGAGUUUGAUAUUGAACAUGCUAGCAGUGCCAAGGGCAAAAUCAUCUCCUUCAACCAGCCCAUUGAGGCUAACAUCAUGCGCAUUGCAGAGACCGAGGGUGUUGAAAUCAUGGACCACAACAUCAUCUACAAGCUGAUUGAUGAUGUCAAAGCCAUUCUCAGCGAGCAAUUGCCCCCAACUGUCACUACUCGCGUGACUGGAGAAGCCGAGAUCCAGCAGCUGUUCGAGAUCACUGUUAAAGGCCGCGAAAAGAUGGCCAUUGCCGGAAGUCGUGUACGUAACGGUAUGAUCAACAAGGCUCGCAAGGUCAGAGUGCUUCGUGGGGAGAAGGUCGUCUACGAUGGUACCAUGACCUCCCUCAAGAACGUCAAGAAAGACGUCACCGAGAUGCGCAAAGACACAGAAUGUGGUAUCGGUUUCGACAAGUGGUCAGCUUUCGAGAUCGGUGACCACGUCCAGUGCUACGAAGAGAUCUUCGAGAAGCGUUAUCUGUGA